ACUCCCUGUAUGUCUCUGAGUACUUCUCUCAGAGUGCACAGAAGCUGUCCUUCUACAGCUGGUAUGGGAAUGCCAAGCUCUUCCACUUCCAUGUGCCAGAAGACACUGUGCUGCUACGUUGGCUCCUGCAAGCAUCCCGAGGCAAAGGACCUGAGUGCACCAGCAUGGAGAUCACUGUGCACUUUCGCCACGGAGCCCCUCCUGUGAUCAAUCCACUGGGCACUCGUUUCCCUGCCAACGCGACUGUCCGUCCUUCCUACAACAUCAGCAUCACCCUGAGCAGUGCUGUGCAGAACACUACCUUUGUGAAUGUCACCACCCCUGCUGCUGGGGACUGGUUCAUCGCUGCCCACCUGCCCGAGGCUGCCAGCAGGAUCGAAGUGAAGGGUUUCUCCACUCCAUGCCCAUAUAUGUUCCAGGCAGAUAUGUUUGUGCUCAGACUCACUGAUAUGCCUGUCCUGGAGCCUGGUGUUCCCAUGCCACACACCGUUGUCUCGCCUGCUAAGCCACUGCAUGUCAAGGUCUUCGUUCCCAAACACGCCGCGGGGAUGCGGUUUGAGCUGCGCAGCUGUGUGACGAGCGAGCGGAAAGCGUGUGCUGUGCGAGUAGUGCUGGGCUCCAUCACACUGCCUCAGUCCUUCCAGAGAAUCCUCACCUGCACAGGGAAUGUCAACUGCAGCCUGGCCCUGGAUUCGCCCCCCUGGGAGAAGUGGCUGCAGAUCAUGGUGGAGAGUCUCGGCACCGCCAAUGCCAGUGUGUCAGUGGAGAUGCUGGCUUCAUUCACAGUUUGCAGACCGGGAAGCGCCAGCUCAUUCCUUAACUUCAUCAGCCUAAACCAGAACCAAACUGGUGCCAGGCCAGGUAGUGCAGGAGCAGCAGGGAGCUCUGCUCUGUCUGCUGGAGAUGCUCCACGUAACACGUCGAGCCAGAGGAGCUCCUGCCUGCAGAGCCAGCCCGUGGUGCGCGAGGACCUGGACGUGGUGUCUGUGCGCUACAGGCUCUUGAAUGGUCCCAGUGUGCCCGUGAACUCUCUCUCCCCAGCCCUUCUCCUCCUCAACCUGAACUCUGGCAUGGACAGUGGGGGUUCCCUCGUGGUCAGUCUCCUGCUUAACAAGACAUCCGUGGGCCUGGCCAAUGCCACUGUGAGAGCAUGUGUGAGUGCUGCUUCACCAGUGCUGUCCCUCAACGCCACAUGGAACUGCAGCACAGCUUUUUCCCAGGGCUACCCUCUGAGUGUGAGCACGUCCUCUGCAGAAGCCACACUGAUUGUCCUGUACCCACAGACGGAUGACUGGUUCCUGUCCCUGCAGCUCCUCUGCCCAAAGGGCCAGGGUGAAUGUAACACAGCAGAAGCCAAAGUGACUGUGUUCGCAUACCUCACCCCCUGCUUCAACGACUGUGGGCCCUACGGGCAGUGCAGCCUCCUGCGCAGACACGGCUACCUCUACGCUGGCUGCAGCUGCAAGGCUGGCUGGGGUGGGUGGAGCUGCACGGACAGCACCAAGGCGCAGUCCGUCGGCGCGCAGAACCUGGCCACCCUCCUGCUCACCCUGAGCAACCUCAUGUUCCUGCCAGCAAUAGCAGUCGCUGUCUACCGCUACUACCUGGUGGAGGCCUCUGUCUACACCUACACCAUGUUCUUCUCCACGUUCUACCACGCGUGUGACCAGCCAGGAGUCGCCGUGAUGUGCAUCAUGGACUAUGACACACUACAGUACUGUGACUUCCUGGGCUCUGUGGUGUCCAUCUGGGUGACGAUCCUGUGCAUGGCCCGGGUGAAGAAGGUCCUGAAAUACGUCCUAUUCAUCUUGGGGACCCUGUUAAUUGCCAUGUCCCUGCAGCUGGACCGCAGAGGGGUGUGGAACAUGAUGGGUCCCUGCCUCUUUGCCCUCAUCAUCAUGAUAACAGCGUGGGCUCACCACGGAGCAAAGCGCAGACACUGCUACCCCUCCUCAUGGAAGCGCUGGGUUUUCUACCUCCUCCCAGGGAUCACUUUGGCUUUCAUUGCCAUCUCAGUGUAUGCAUUCAUGGAAACCAAUGAGAACUAUUACUACACCCACAGCAUCUGGCACGUGCUGGUGGCUUCCAGCGUUGCUUUCCUGCUUCCUCCUCGGGACAAGCAUAAGAAGCCCUGGGCCUGGUCAAAGAAGCUCACUUGUCGCUAUCAGAUCUGCCAGAAUGACCGUGAGGAACUCUAUGCUGUGACCUGACCUGCCUGGCUCCCCAUGGCAGAGGUGGAGGGCUGGAGAGGCUGCUCCCUGCCUGGGCUGUCUCACACACUGUCAGUCCUCUAAAGUGCUCGUUCCCAGGCUGGGACAGC